AUGGCGCGGCAGUCCGACGCGCAGGAGUCCAUGAAGGACAUCUCCAGCCGCGCGGAGAAGGCGGUGGAGGUGCGCAAGUACGAUGAGAAGGCGGUGCAGGAGCGGAUGCGGAAGCUCCACGCCGACGUGCUCCAGAAGAAGCUGGCGGAGAAGAAGCGGAUGGACGAGCUAGCGCAGAUCCCGCUGCAGGAGGCGGACGUUCUCCUGCUGAUGCGCGAGCUCGGCUGUGACCGGGCGGCGGCGGAGCUGCAGCUGCGCGAGAAGAAGGGCGAACUCGUGGCCGUCCUGCGGGAGGUGGUCGGCCUGCCAAAGGCGAAGGCAGCCGCGGCGAGCGCGUGA